AUGCCGCCUCGUCACUUGAUUCAACCCUCACAAGAAGAAUGGCGGGGCAUGCUCCGCAAUCUUCUGCGCGAAUGCUCCUACCUCCCUGACCCUAUUGCCCGAUCGACCUGCCACGACCAGAUUAUACAACGAUUCCGCCGGUACCAUUUCGACCCUAAAAGGCGCGAGGAAAAUGUUGAGAAGCUCAAAGUCGUCGGCAAGCAAUACGGCAAAUGGCAUGCCGACGCAAAAGGCGAGGAGAAGUACCUUGAGAAGAUGAUGAGGAACCACAAAGAAGCCCGAAAGUCGUUAUCACUCCUGCGACGGGCAAAUGAGGGAUACAUAAAACCUCUGGAAAAGGUGCUGAAAAACGCCUACGGACGCUCGGGGAAGAAAAGGGCCGAGCUGGUCACUAAACUACUCGAAGAACACAGCGCUGUGAACUCGGACGAUGUCAACGCCCUUAUCGCGUCCGCGGAUCGGUUCGAAAAGAAAUGGGAAGUCCCAAAAAUCAUCACCGAUCUCCUGAAAUCGCAACUCAGCAACGCCUAUGCUAUGCAACACGGCGAUCGUCCUAUGCCUAUCAAGAGGGGCAAUCCGCCUGGUGACAUGAAAAACGCCUGGGAAAGAAGGAUGCCUAUAAAACGGGGGUCGCAAUAUCGUCGGAGGUGGUAUCAUAGUGUGCUUGAAGCUCUGCUUCCUCCAUUGCCUGACGCCGAUUUGCGGAUGCUGGAGGGUCUAAUGUCGGGCGCUGUUCCAUGGAGCCCGCCUAAACGCAGGUCAACCGGACAGACUACCCCCUCUACAGCUACUGAUAAUCAGUACCCGAAGGGCGCGAUUAUUCGAACUGUUUUGACCGAUGGACCUCCCAAAGGGGAAACAUUUGCUCUGUAUAGGAGGGGUCGACCUCAUAUUAUCACGAGACGGUUCAUGUGCCGGCUCUGGAAGCGAGUUUCGUGCCUGGUCCCACGUUACCGAUGGGAUGAGGCGCAUAACAUGCAUAAAUUUGAAUGGGAUACGGCGUCGUUCCCACCAAUCGCCCUCUCUGCGAAGGAAGGAAGUUCAUCAGAUAUCUUCGGUGGCAUUGAUGUCGCACCGAAGACAUUCAAGAAACCUAAGGAGCCUACUCCGUACCAAAACAGCCUCUACAUAAAUCCUUAG